AUGAGUCACCUACCUAACCUGCACCACAAAAAUUUAUUGAAGGAAGCAAGCUUAGAUAAUGAUAGCAAUCGACCGAUAAAAAGAAGGAGAAGGGUGCUGCCUGCAGGUGCCAGUCGUACACAUAAAACGGAGGACGGUGACAUUUCUCAUGACUCAGAAGACUCGAGUGACUUUGAAGAUGUGAAUUUGGAUUUAGGACGUCAAGAGGGUUGGGAAUCUGAUAAUUCUGAUGAUUUCGAGGAAGUGCUUUUCGAUAUCAGCGAAGCUUCAAAUAGCAUGGAUAUACAAACACCGCUGAAUUCAGAACAGCUCUUGACUUUUCAAUUGGACACUACACUGGAGGAGCCCCAGAAGAAGAAAAAGGUUAAAUUUAUAAGCAAUGAGGAGCGAAUACGACGCGUUUUGAUGCAUAAAACAUACAUUGUGUUUCUCCUAAUACACACUGCCGUUCGAAACUCCUGGUGCAAUGACAAAUCUAUAUCCAAAUCACUAAAGCAAGCUUGCGUCACUCGGCAAAUAUCUCAGUUGCUUAAUGACGAUAGUGGUCGAGACAAUAUCAAAUCAAGAAGAUUACUAGACGGAAUUAAGAAAUUGAUGGAAAUAUACAAUGGGAAGUACAGGAUUACGUCUCAGGGUUUACUAAGGAAGGGCUGGGAUGAACUAGGCAUAGUGCAGGACUCAGAUGUAGUAACAAAGAAAAAAUUUCGGACAUUGGUUACAAACUUUCGAGGGAACCGAGAUGUAGCAGCACAAGGAUUUGUUGCACUUUUGAGAGGGUUGGGAUUGAAUGCGAGGUUGGUUGUAUCGUUGCAACCCCCCGAUUUUACAAUAAUUACCGAAAAUACAACUUCAAAAACGAAACAGCCAGCAGGUGGAAAAGGUAAAAAUUCAACUGAACGUUUUAGUCCAAAGAGCCGAAAACCGAAAAGCAACUUUGAGGACUCGGAUUAUCCAAUAUUUUGGGUUGAGGUGUGGGACAAAUUUGCUAAACAUUGGAUCAGUGUUGACUCUAUUGUGAAACAUAAAAUUGAGGUUUGUUCCAAAAGGAGACCAAACUCAUUUGAGCCUCCUUCAGGAGAUGAAAGAAAUCAACUACUCUAUGCUGUUGCAUUUGACAAGUUUGGGAGAGUCCGAGAUGUUACACGACGUUACUCAAUCAACUACAAUGCACGUGUAAUCCGGAAAAGAAUAGAGUUUAGAUCUGAUGAUGAUAAGGAGUGGUACGAACUGGUUUUGAAGUCAUUACAGAGAAAACAAUCUAGAAGUACAAUUGAUAUUUUUGAGGCCAAAGAGUUUCAUGAACGUGAUUUGGCAGAAGGGAUGCCGAACAACAUGCAAGCUUUUAAAAAUCAUCCGUUAUAUGCAUUAGAGUCACAACUUAGACAAAAUGAGGUGAUACACCCCAAGAAUGAAUCGAGCAUAUGUGGGACAUUUAGACCAAAAAAUGCAUCAGCAAGGUUGCUACCAGUGUAUCGAAGAUCAUGCGUUCAGAAGCUUAGAUCAGCUAGGGCGUGGUACAUGAGGGGUAGAGUGUUAAAGAUUGGAGCGGCUGCUUUGAAAUCAAAGGAAAAAAUUGGAACUGAUGAUGAAGAUGUUCGUCUUUAUGCUGAGUUUCAAACCAAGUUAUACAUACCACCGAAAAUCGAGGAUGGAAAGAUCCCCAAGAAUCAAUAUGGUAAUAUAGAUGUUUAUACCGGUACAAUGAUUCCAGAGAAUGGGGUGUUGGUAAGGAUAAGUGAACAGAGAACUAUGAAGAUGUUACAAAAGACGGCUCUGCUAUUAGGGGUUGACUAUGCCAAAGCAAUAACUUCAUUCGAUUUUACCCAAAGAGGCAAAGGUUCACCCCAUGCAAAAGAGGGGGGAAUUGUAAUACACCAGGAUAACAAAGAAGCUCUUGAGCUUGCAUUAAAUCACAUGAUUGAAGAAGAAGAGGAGGAGAGAAGGAUAAUGGUGGAGUUGAAUGCAUUGCAGAAUUGGAAGUACUUUUUGUUGAAAUUGAGGUUGAAACAUCGAUUGAAUAGGACCCAUGGGAUAGUAGAAGAAGAAGAGGAUACAGAGACCACGGGAAAAGAAAAUGACACCAAUCGUAACCGUGUUGAUAUUUCUCGAGAUGAAUUAGACUCUGCGUCGGAUGCCUCUGGUGAUGAUUUCGGCGGAGGGUUUAUAGUGUCAGAGAAAGAAUCAGCGGCAUUAGUUGGAGGAGACAAAGAAAAGGAACUUGAUUUAAAGGAUGAACUUGGUAGUGCUAGGAUGACGAGAGAGCGUGGUACUAAAGGAAAUAAAACCUACAGAGAGUAUAGCGACGGUGACAGUGACAUUGAUGACAAUGAAGAAGCAGAAACGGAACUUAACAGGCCUAAGCACAGGCGUGCGGAGUACUCUGAUGAUAGUUCUGCGUCAGAUGUGGAAUUCGCGGCCGAGGCCGAUGACGAUGAAGAAAGUUUAGAGUUUGAGUAUGAAAGUGAAUAG